UUUAGCGCUUGUUUUGAUCAGGUUAUAUUAACAGUAUGAAAAUCAUGAAGAAGUCGCUUCUUUUGUUCAUCAUCCUUUUCUACAGUGUUUGUCUUGCUGUUUCAACGCAAUCGGACACAAAAGAUGACAUCCGGGAGUUAGCUCGUAGAUUAGAGAUGUUAGAACAUAAGUUUGUGCAGGAACAGCAUAGAGACAAUAAUCCGUCAUAUCCACCAAUAUCACAUGGGUUCAUAAAUGGAGGAGAAGGAAACACGAUUCGUAUCUUACAACAUCGCCUUCAGAUACUAGAAGAUAAACUAUUCCAGUAUGAAAAGCACUUUGACGAAACAGAACAUUACAAUAACCGAAUUCAAUCUUUGGAAAAUACUGUUCAGGAACUCUCAAAUCUUGUAAAAAAGCAAUCUGACUGCACCAAGUCUACUGAACGUGUGAAAACAAUGAUAUUCAAUCAACAUAAUACUGUACCGGAAUUAAGAAAGAAAAAGCUUCAGAAAAAGAAGUCCGCCAUCUUUCCUCUUGGUAAAAAUAAUACAAAACAAGAUGAAAAUACCACUGUUGAGGAAACCAGUGUAGCAAAUCAGAAUAAAACAAGCGAUGCACGUUAUAUUAGAAGCACAGACUCCGAACGUUAUAUUCGAAAAUCUAAUUUUUACAAAAAAAGAUUGCUCUUACCUAUAGCAACAACUACUCCUUACCCAACACCUGUCGCAAAGAUAGUAGCCUUUUACGCAUAUAUGUCAGCAACAAUUCCCUCUAUCACAGGUCAGAGUACUUUGGUCUUUGAUGUAAGUAAAACCAACGAUGGAAACGGUUACCAUCCCUCAACAGGUGUGUUUAUUGCCCCGGAGACCGGCGUUUAUGUAUUCACAUGGACCAUGAGAGAAGCCAGCAAUUGCCGUCAUUCAACGCAGUUGAUGGUUAAUAAUGCAGAAAUUGGAAUAAUUCACCUGCACUCAGUUUCUGGCGGUGACUUUGUUGGUACUGGUGUCGUGGUCACCCAUGUCAAUGCCGGAGAUGACGUAUACGUUAGAACCCAUGCUUCAUGGAAUGACUGUAAUAUUUUUAGUGAUAUAGGAGGAAGAUCGUCCUUUGCAGGCUGGAAAUUGUCUUAAGAAAACAAAACACAAUUUUUUAGCGACAUUAUUCUGUUCAUGCUGUUUAAAAAAUGUUAAAUUAAGCAUUCGUACAUUAGUGCAUUUAUGACUGA